UGAGGAUGUGAGAGAGCCAUGGCCGCUUCCUUGGUUAGGUGGCUAAAGAGGUUGUCUGUUUUUUUAUUGAUAUGUCCGCUCUGUGUCCCAGCCUUCUUAAAUUUAGAGGAGUUGAAUGAGAUGAAAUAUGGGAUUCAAAUCCUCCCCGAUCCCGUCAUCUUGGGCCAGACCAAGACAGAGGAGGUCAUGAUGGUGUCUAGCAAGUACAAGCAGCUGUACGAGUGUCGACUCCCAGCCCAGGCUGUCAGGUUUCAUCAAGAUCCUGCCUCAGAGCCUGAAACACAAGGCUACACUGGGCCUGGCAUCCCAGAGCUUCUCAGGCCGAUGCACAGCGCCCCGUGCUUGGUGAAGACGAAGGACUGGUGGACCUAUGAGUUCUGCCAUGGACAGCACAUCAGACAAUACCAUCUUGAGGACACUGAGAUCAAAGGGGAUGUCCUCUUCCUGGGAUACUAUGAGUCUGAAUUUGAUUGGAGUAAUGAAACAGCAAAGGCCUCCAAGCAGCACCGACUGAAGCGCUACCACAGCCAGACUUAUGUGAACGGUUCCAAGUGUGACCUUAACGGAAAUCCCAGAGAGACUGAAGUCAGGUUUGUGUGUGAAGAAGGCUCCAGUGACUACAUCGCCCGUGUGGAUGAGCCUCAGUCGUGCCGCUAUGUGCUGACGGUCCACACCAGUCGCACCUGCCAGCACCCCUUCCUGCGGCCGCCCUCCACUGCCAAGCCCCAGGGCAUCGUGUGCCAGCCAGCUCUCAGUGCCCAGCAGUACAUGGACUACGUCAAGGCCCAAGUCUCGGACACAAAGCGUAAAGUGGAGCAGAUCUCAGAGGAGCUGCGGAGUCUUGAUGAGAUGUUGGCUGGUAAUGAGGGAGCAGAUGGCACAGUGGAAGCAACAAAAGACGAGGCGUCGCCUGCACCCACUGAUGACCGAGAUCUCAUGGGGUCAGACAGAAAAGAUUCUGCUGAUGAUAAAUCUGAGGAUGCUGGGUCAGAAGAGCCAGAGGAUUCUGACUUCUGGGAGGGAGUUACAAAGCCAGAGGAUUCAAAAGCAGCUGCCUCCCAGCGAGAGACUCAGGCAGCAGAUGAUGGCUAUGAUAACUCGCUUAGCAAUAAUGAAGUCAUUGAUGAAGAUGAUGAAGUUGAAAAAUUCAACUUUAAAAUCAUCACCGACCCAGCAGAUCUGAUGAAAUUUGUCCAACACCUGAAAGAAAGCAACAGAAAGAAAUCAAAUAAACAAGCCAAAAGUCAAGCAGAGAGGCAAAAGGGUGACAAGAUGAAGCAGAAGCGCGGAGAAGAAGAGAAGGAUGAGGACGAACGUCUGCUGCAGGAGUUUGAGGAUGAGAUGGCUGACAUCUCGGUGCCAUCGGAUAAAAUUGAAGAGAUAAAGGAAGAAAUGCAGAAGGAGUUUGACAACAUCAUCAAUGAGGCCCAGCAGGAGUUGGAGACAGAGGGCCUGAAAGGAGAGUUUGAUCGCACUCAGGCGACGCAGACACUGGAGACGACACUUGACAAGCUCCUUGACCAUCUAGAGGACAAAGACACCCAAGAGCCAGAGCAGCAAACAGGUCAGAGAGCCAGCGACGCAGUCAAGGACAGCCUGAGUCCGGCCCCACAGCAGCCAGACCAAGCGGCUGACGACCAUGUUAAGAUCAAAAUUACUAAGUAUAAGACGGGCAACAGCCCUGAUGGGGAGGUCAAAGUUCAGGAGAUGGGAGAAGGCGACCCCCAGUGGCAGCACAUAAAGGACGUGGUUAAAGAGCAGCUAGAGAAAGCGGGACUGAAGGCCGAAGGUAAAAUUGAAGUGAAGAUCUUGACACGGAAAAAUGCAGAGGAGGCGGGGGAUCAGUGGCUGACUGAGGAAGACACUAAAUCCUUCAGAGAGCUUCUCAUAAAUCUGCUGACUGGAGGCACAGAAGAAGUUUACAAGGAGCAAAAGAGGCAGCAAGAAUUGGAGAACAACUAUAGGUUUGUGUGGGGAGAAUCGCAGGAGGAGUCCCAGUCGUCCAGCACCUCCGACUCAGAUGACGUGGACAUCUGAGCUCCUGAUGUCAUUGACUGUGAUGGUGAACUCCUAUGGAGACUGGUGUGCAAGGAGUCUCUGAGGUGCAACAGCAAAUUUUUAAACGGAGCCCCUUGAUUAAAUUAUUGCUAAUAAACGUGGAGGAUAAUGCCAACUCACCUGUUUGCACAUUCAGAAAAUGUGUGAACGUGUCCUCGGUAGGCACCGGUUGUUUGCUGCACCAUGGAUUCUCAGUGUUUCAGCCGUAGCUGUGCAGUUGAAUGAAGUCAUGAAUUUAGAAACGCUUCAGAGAGAUUUACUCAAUCUCCAUGUCAAGCUCUGAAUUUGGCGGUCAACAACACACUGUCAGUCAAACGAUUCCUGCAUUUGUCUCAUAUGGUGCCAUUCAUUAAGAAGUAAUACCUCUGUAGGUGACAAGUGUGGGAAAUCCUGCAUGACUCAGCAAACUGCGUGAGCGUUUGUGAAGGCUGUUCAUGUCACGCUUUCAAGCUUUUGAAAAGUAUGACUGAUGCUGAAAAACAAAAAGAUAAAUAACGCAAAGGAGGUUUAACAUUUCAGUUGACACUGUUGUUUCUGUGAAGCUUUUUGAUACUUGGCAUUUGUUUAGUGACUAAAUCACCAGUAAACACAAAUGUAGGUUACAUUCGUAAUUGUACACUUGAUACUGUGGCACUUUAGAUUUGUAGAAAAUGUCUCUGGAAACUUAGAAUUUAUGCAUUCAUUCACUAAAAUUUUGAACGAUUUCACCCAAGUUUAAUGCCAUGUGCGCUGUUAAAGGGAUUCAAAAGAAAAUUGAAAACAGAAAUUAGUAUAGGAGGGUUAAUCUCUUAGGUUUUUGUAUCUGAUGAGAAUUUGUCGAUACCUCUUUGCCAGAGUGUUGCGGGUGUAAAUAACCGAGGAAGCUACAAUGUCAAUCAAAUGCAGUAUACCAAAACAGUGAAUCUACACAAAACUUUUGUAAGGAUCCUUCAGAGAUGUACUUUUAAAGGGCUGAAUUUGUAUAGUUUGUUAAUAAGAGUAGCUCCUUGGAUAUUAACCUGUAAAUAAUUUUGCUUGACUAUGGUAUUGACUUGGUUUGUUGUAUAUUAUUAGCACAAAUCUAGUGGGGCUUGAGUUAACUGAGUGAAGAUGUUCAAGUUUGUCAUUGUGCAAUCUUGUAUACCAAACUUUAUUUCAGACUGUGGGGCCAAGACACAUGCAAACCCCAGAAAAACAGGUUUUGGGCUGGCUGUCAGUUUCAACAGGCUCCAAAUCCCUGUCUUGUUGAAAGCUUGGGCCCAUCCCCAGGAACAGUGAGGUGUGUCUCCGCCAUCCUUUGUGUUCUGACCCCAACACACCUCGGCCCACCUAUGACACGCAGAUAAAGUCAAUACAAGUUCAGUAAAAUAAAAACAGUGCUCUAGACAGUGCUGUACUCAUGCUUGACUGGAGCUGUAUUAACAUCAGGAACAGAACAUUGGUUUCACAGUCUGAAAAGUCAUCAAGUCACUUUGAGCGGCCUUGUAAAUAUGUCUUUGAAUGCCGAUGUUCAUAUGAAAUAAAAAUGCCAUAGGAUUCCUCAAAAUAACACA